AUGUUUGGCAUCAGUUUGCCUUCUUUGGGAAGUGCUGCACGCCCCAAGGUGGACCCUAAGGAUGUCCCUGCACCGACUCGGGUAAUUUUCCCUCCGCAACACGUACCCGACUCUUCCGAAACCGGGUCGGAGGCCGUGGACGGCGCUGCUCCGCCGGGCUCCGCGAGCCUUGUCAAAACCCUCCAGGCGAUAUGUCGCCCUGGUGAUAUCACGGGCACCACCUUUGACGCCUUUGGCUUGAAGACGUUCUACGAUGCUACCCCAGCGGAAGUGGUGCCUGAUCCUUCGUACAUCCCCGAUUUUUCGACCUGGGAUAGCCUCACUAUAGACGAAGCUAGGGAGAAAAAUGCGUCUACGCGACUACCGUUGAACAAUGGAAACUUGUCUCCCGGAUGCCAAACCUACGUCGAGCGAAAGUCAGAGCUAUCAAUUCCGAAUCAAGAUGCCUUCCGAACUGUCCGACGCUUGCCCGCUGCCAAAGGCAAGCCUCAGCCAAGGCUAGGGAACUCGUACGAGUUCUUCCGUUGCUUAGAGCUGUUUACUACUUACUGGGAUGAUCCGACGGUACCCCUUCCUAAGAGCUCCUCGGAGGAACCUUCCACCGACCCUUCCCUUCCGGCUAGUGAUCCUGCCGUUGUAGGUUCCACAUCUACUUCUACUUCAGAUGAUAAUGAUGGGUAUUACCGCACUAUGACAGGCACGGCGAUGCCCGCCGAGCAUCGCCAUGCUCUCCUAUCCUCCUUCAUCAGACUCGUCGCAUACGAUUUCGGCUGCAAUGUCACUACGCCCCGUGCAGAACCCCGACUUCAACUCUGCACGCCGCUUUCUGCGGUCGAUCCGGGCCACCAGCCUCGCAAGUCCUACGUUCCGUCCGGCUGCAUUUUCGUCUUCCGCACGCCCACCAAGCGGGAGCACGCUAGAGCGGGUAUGGUCGAGGGUCCCGUUGCCGCCGUUAGCGCGCGAGGCACCCUGAGCCUUGAUUUAGAGCUUGAAAAGAACCAAGAUCUUGCCAGGGAAAUUCUCGCCGCCCUCGUCACGGCCCAGCACCGCGCCAGGGAAGGAAAGACGGAACAGCGCUUCGGCGAGGGCCAGUGGUGGACCACAAAGAAGAGGUGGGGAGGUGGUCCCGGCGGUCCCAUCGGUCGAGAAGUCGACAAGGACGACGUCGUCGGAGACAAAGACGCCUCCUCCCCUCCGACGAAGAAGCCCCGGAAGACCAUGGCUGUGUACGACAACUACCGCAUGAUCCGACCGCCGUCGCUCUCGUGGGACAAGAAGACGCGCUACGAGGCCAUCGGCCGACCGGCGGGCGUGACGGAGUACGACGACAUCUUCGUCAUCAGCAGCUUGUUCCACCACGUCAGCGUCCUUCGGGUCCGCGUGCCGCAAAGGUUGCUCGACGUGAUCGAGGGGGCGGACGAGGAGACGGUGAGGAGCUGGGGCGGGCUGGUGCUCUGGAGGAGUAAGUGGUAUGAUUUCUUCGUUGCGGAGGAGAGGAUCCAGGCUAUGAAGUUACUUUGGGGGGUUUUUGCGUAUCAGAUGAGGAAGACGGAUUCGGAGGAUACUGCGAUGGAGGGUUGA